AUGCUCUUCUCCGCUCUUUUCCUAGCCUCUUCUGUCGCCGUCUCUGUCCAUGCUGGGAAGCCCAACUACCCCGCUGGAGUUGUCGCCACCGGGACACAAGGCGCUACCAACCCACCAACUGCUACAAUGCCCUCAAUAAUAAAUCAAAACUCCAUGUCGCGUCUCGUCAGCCUCAACUCCAUCGACGACUUCUGUCUGUUUGCACCGCCCCAACCCAAUUCACUUAUCGCUGACACGGAGGGCGAGGAGGUUGCUUGGUGCACUCAACCGAGAAACAACGCGCGUGUCAUUCCCGAUGGGGUCAUUACUGGGGUUUCUUUCCUGAGAACGCCGUUCUAUGUCCAGCUUAUGGGCACCGGUGACUUUACCAAGUUGAACAUCAGAGCCGGUGAUGCUGGGGGUGAACUUGACCCUCAUGGGGCUACCGGAGCGGGCAACCCUGUCGGUGGAAAUGUAACAACCACGGUCGCCGACGGGUCUGACCUGCAGAUAACGGAAUGGAUGCAAUAUAUCUCGUCCAACCAAUUCUGUAUUCGCGCUUGCACUUGGGCCAACGCGACAUUCGACGCUGCCCAUAUGUGCUGGCAUGAACUCGAUGUCAUGGGAUGCGAGUUUGUUAUGCCCGGCACCUACAGAGAACCAGGAACCUUCGAAACUUGCGACGCUGAUAUUGCCUACCCUCCAGGCUGGUACCCCGGUGUAGAUGCCAGCGGCAAGACCACGUUCUCCACCUUCGCUCAGUACUUCACGGGCAUCUACACUGGUGGAGACGGCCAGCCGACAGGCUACACUGUCGGCGACCUCACCACACCCACAACAGUCGCAUUCGUCCCCCAAUCGUCCAAUUGUGUCACCCAGGCUACUGUCAAGAACGGGCUUGCUGCCUCGCUUGUGACUGCUGGCGCUUCGGGGACCGCUGUUCCACCGGGUUUUACAACUACUCCCACCACGACUGGUGGAACCGCCCCAACUGGGAAUGCCGCUGCCGCUGGUGGCGCUGGCGGGUCCUCGUCGCAGGCUGUUGGGGGAUCAUCCAAAUUGACAACAAGCAACACGGCUAAAAGCACGCCUACGCCCAACAACGGAGGGGGUGCGGCUGCUGGGUCAAAUACUGCAUCGUCCUCGGCGCCUGCUGUCAGUGGCUCUAGUCCUGCUCGUCGUGGUGUCAGUGUCGGUUCCGGAAACAAUGGAGAGUCUGCUGCGAUCGCGCUACUUUCCCUCAUUUCUGGUAUUGCGGCCAUUGCCUUGCUUCAUUAA